AUGAAGGGUCAAAAGUGUGACACAAAGUCAUUAGAGAUCACGAAGAUACUUGUACCAACAUACUCCAUAAGGAAAUUUCAUCACGAGAGCACUAUACACAGCUAUCGUCCCUCGUGAACAACCUUUUUCUUAAAAUUGACGGCAUCCUUCGUCGAACGCAAACUCGAUCGCCCGCAAUAAAUAACCAUAUCGACUUUAGUCUUUCUUCUCCUUCAACUUCAUCAUUCCAUCAACCCUCAAGUAUGUCCCAACCGCCCCAAGCUGAUAUCAUCGCUGCUCUCUCCUCCUCCUCAUCAUCACGUACACGACCCCCCACUCAGCCCUACUCCUCAUUCUCGGACCCUGUUACAUCCCUCGUCAAUCACACUUCGACACCUACCAACGUCCGUGCUAUCCACUGUCCUCGGUCGGAAUGUGCAAGUACCAUCCUAUCACCUGGAGCAGCUAUCUGGGUCACCUUUUCUGAACCAGUCUUGCCUGAUGAUUCUGCUGCUCCUUUCCCACAACCACGACUCGUCCAGAUCCAACAAUUAACUUCGAAGGAGAAAAGUGAUUCGAGUGAAAAGGGAGAGAAGAUUGUAGAGAAAACUCAAUAUGGAUUUUGGAAAGUAUCCAGUCCUUACGAUUUCGACAACAUUGGUUACUCCAGACCCGAUACUUCGGAAAAGGCUCAAGCGCGAGGAGGACCCGGUGGAGAGGGAAAGGUCAAGUGGUUGAUCUGCGCGGAAUGUGAUCUGGGACCAUUGGGAUGGAGCUUCGAAGGAGGAAAAGAGGCUUGGGUAUCGGCGGAUAGGGUCAGGUAUAGGGGAGAGAUCAAGUAG